AUGUCACAUGCGGAGGAUGGCUGGGGUUGUUGUGGUCUCGUCCAUCUGUUCGGACGCGGGGUGAUGGUGGUGGUGCUGGUGGAGGCGGCAGCAUCAGCAUCAGCAGCAGCAGCAGCAGCGCAGUCUGGUCCGCUCGGUACGAUGAUGCUGAUGCCCCGCCCUCCUCUCCCUCCCCUCUCCUCUGCAGCCCGAGCUCACGCACCGACCGGGAAGCACCAGUCUGUGGACAUCCAAGCUAAAAAUAAAGAUUGA